AAGUUACCAUGGCUUCUUCGGAUGGGAAUGAAUGGGAAUUGAGCAAAGAAAAUGUGCAGCCUCUGAGGCAGGGGCGAAUAAUGACUACUUUGCAAGGAGCUUUGGCUCAGCAAGAUGUUUCUACUCACACAAUUAUUCAGCAGCAAAAGAGGGCAUUUGAAUCUGAAAUUCGCUUUUACUGUGGAGAUGAUCCAUUGGACAUCUGGGACAGGUAUAUCAAAUGGACAGAACAGACCUUCCCUCAAGGAGGUAAAGAGGGCAAUCUUUCUGCUGUUUUGGAGAGAGCUAUUCAAGCUUUGAAUGAACAACAGAGAUAUUAUCAAGAUCCCCGUUAUCUUAGCCUCUGGCUUAAAUUUGGGAACUGUUGCAGUGAACCUUUGGAUCUUUAUAGUUACUUGCAUAGCCAGGCAAUAGGCACUUCACUAGCACAACUCUACAUUACUUGGGCAGAGGAGCUGGAGGCAAGAGGGAAUUACAAGAAAGCUGAUGUGAUAUUCCAGGAAGGGAUUCUUUGUAAAGCAGAGCCUUUGGAUAAAUUAUUGUCCCACCACAGGGAGUUCCAAGCCCGUGUGUCUCGACAGGUUUUAGAAGAGCUAGGAAAUGAUUGUGAUGAGGAGGAGCAGUUGGACAGUUCUGUUUCUGAACCACAGAGAACCACACUGGCAGAACUGAAGGGGAGAGGAAAGAAAAUCAUAAAAGCCCCGAUUAGCCGUGUAGGAAAUGCUGUAAAAGUCCCAAGCCAAGGACAGAGAUUCCAAUGCCCACCAUCUCAGCAAGCAUCAGUCCGUCCGACUUUUUCUGUGUUUGAUGAAAACAGAGUUGCAGAUUCUACACCUGAUCUUCCAGUACUUACACCACAGCCUUGGGUUGCUCCUCCACCCACUAAAUCAAAGGAGAAUGAAUUGAAAGCAGGUCCGUGGACCACAGGCAGGCGUCCUCGAAUCAAUAUGGAUCCCAGUGUCAUGGCUUCUGCUGCGACCCCCAGUUUUACUCCGUAUGUUGAAGAGACUGCAGAGGAGCAGGCCAUGACUCCUCAUAAAAUAGAAUCCAGCAUUAACUGUGUAUUAAGUGCCCGAAAACCUGGAAAAGAGGAGGAUCCACUACAACGUGUGCAAAGCCAUCAUCAAGAUGGUCAGGAAAAGAAAGAACAGCCCAUGUAUUGUAAAGAGAGAGUAUAUGCUGGAGUAGAGGAGUUCUCCUUUGAAGAGAUUAGAGAUGAAAUCUACAGAAAAAAGAGAAGGGAAGAAUUGCAGGCUUUAGCACAAAAAAAAGCCGAGUUGCAGAAAAAGAUUGAAGAAAUGGAAAAAGUGGUGAGAGAGCAGCAGGAAAACAAUAAGCAGAAAUCAGGCACUCAGCAACAAGUGGAACAAGAGACUGCAGCCGUAUUUCCUGCUGCAUCGAAGGAUUUGAAAUGUUCCCCAACUGAACAGCAACAUGUUUUAGAUACUGAAGCAAUUGUUGAAGGAUACCUUCCAGAGGGUUUUUCCAUGAAAAGCAAUUUUGAGCUGGCUGAAAAUAAUCAGUGUAAGAAUUCAAACUCCAGUGAUGCUGAGAUCUCUUCGGCUGUGAAUUCUAUACCUUUCUCUAUUUUUGAUGAGUCAUCUGCUCUAGAAAGUAAGACUGAUGAACUUCAAGGAAUUGAACCCUUGAGUGAAUAUGCAAUUGUCACAGGCUUAUAUAAGAACAAAACUCUUUGUCCUAAUCCUGAAGACACAUGUGAUUUUGUUAGGGCUGCCCAUCUAGUGUCAACACCUUUCCAUGGAAUAACAGAACAGAGAAAUCAGCUGGAUGACAAACUAGAGCAAGAAUGUCUGGAAUCUAAGACUAUACCUCUGAAUCAACAAACAGCUGUUUGUGAAGAACAAUAUGAGGAAUCCAUCUAUGUGAAAAAACUGAGUCCAAUUUUGGAGGCAAGCCAAGAAGAUACCAGAUCUUCAGCAUCUUCAAGUUCCCCAACACAAAUCUCUACUGUUAAAUUGGAACAAAUUCCCGAGAAACUGGAAUUGAUUCACACUACUGAUGAAAUCACCAAUGAUGUUGAAAAUGCCUCUGAUGACUCUUCUGAAGGUUUGCAGCAUGCUGAACGACGCAAACAGUUCUUCCAACCUCUUCCAGAUAUCUUGACCGAGGCUUUUGGCUUUAAACAGGAGGAUCAGAUUAUGCCUUGGAUAGAAUUGGGAAAAGAAGUUAAUUUGGGAAAUGCUACUUACCAUGUUACUCAUGAGUAUUUGAUCAGUAAGCAAAACAAGAUAUUCUCUGCUGUAUCAGCUGACAUUACAAAUAAGGAUUCAGCAGCAUUUUUAAUAAAGGUACAUUCUGAGCCUGUGCCAUGGGACUUCUACAUAUUAUUGCUACUUCAAGAGCGCCUAGGUGCUGAAUUUGACCAGAACUUUAGUCAAUACUGCACUUGUUUCUUAUAUCACAAUGGCUGUGUGACUCUCCAUGAGACAAUAUGCUCUCUCACUGUUCAGGAUAUGAUCCAGCAUGAUAAAGCUAUCCCUCAAGAAGUGAUAUUGCUGAUCAUUGAGAACCUCCUAGAAGUGGUGGAAAAAUUGCAUAAAGCAGAAAUAAUCCAUGGGAAUCUGAAUCCAGAAACGUUGUUCUUGGGAGACAGGAUUUACAAUCCAUUUGCCAUGGAGAAGACUAACAAAAUUCUGAAGAUAGUGGAUUUCUCUCACAGCCUAGAUUUACAACGAGAGCCAACUGUGAAUUCAUUGAAAAGCUUCCCAAUAACUCACACCCAGAUUGGACAGCAGAUCUUUAAUAAAAACACCCCAGUACAUCAGGUGGACAUGCUUGGCAUUGCAAACACUGCCCAUUUGAUUUUGUUUGGGGAAUACCUGCAAGUUCAUUGGGAAGAAGACAGAUGGAAAACUAGUAGAGAUUUAUCUCAGUUCACUGUUGGUGAUUUGUGGAAUACAUUCUUUGACAAAAUUCUGAAUCCAAAUGGGAAAUCUACUGUGCCUCUUCUGCAAGAUCUCAGAGAAGAGCUGAGCAGUUCAUUUGAUGGUUCUUUCCCCGGACACCUUUGUGAUUAUACUAAGCUGGAAGACUUCCUUGAUGUUGGAGACAUGAUUCUGACAUAGAGAAAGUGCCCCUCUUAAUAUCUCCCUACCUUUCUCUUCCCCUUUGUACCACCUAAGACAAAUGAAAGCUUAUGCUUGAUCUUGUUCCCGUUAGAUAUGUAAACAAUAAGAAUAUUUUUCACAAUUAUUUUCUCAUAGGUUGUCAAAUGAAGAUUAGCUGAUGCCUUAUAUUGCACAGAUGCCUGUACAGUUGCUAUCUAUUGGUAGUAUUCUAUGCUAGCUUCUCUAUAAAUGUCCUGAAUUGAUUGCUUUGUAAUAUCUUAACUUUUUCAUCCUUAAACUGUUGUAAAUCACUUGUUUGUUUGUACUCUUUCUGUGUAAUCACUGUUCAGUAAAACUGUU